UUUGCCAAAUCCAGACGCUUUGCGAUGGGAUCUUUUCUCUGUGAGUCUGAGAGAAAUCAAGCACGUCCUCACAGACCAACUGAGCAAUUCUUUAGCUAGUUCUCACGGCGAUGCGACGUAAAUAAUUUAAUCUUUACCGAGUAUAUUUUCCUUUUUCUAUACGGAGCUUUGACGUGGGGGACACUGUGCCGUCGACAGUUUAAUAUUUAUGACAAAAUCUGAAUUCACGCGCCUGUUUUUGGAUUAUCCGUUUGCCAGGAUACACUGAAUCGACCACGGUCAACUAGAGACUUUAUUUUCGAUUUACUGGACUUAAAGACUACUGAGGGGAUUUGGAAAUGAGCGGUCUGUUUUCAAAAUGUCUUUUUUAAGAAUCACUCGUGGAGAGAGACGUUUCCUCAGAGGACGGGAGGGUUUGUAACGCUGAAUUUAUCGCCGAUUUCACGACACGCGUUUCCAUGGCUCCGGCGGUCAGAUCGAUUAAGCGUAAGGAUGCGAUUAACUGGCCGAGGAUGUCGACAACUUUCUGGGCUGUGCUGCUGUUGACGGCGCUUCUCAUCGUGUACUGCGGUCAACUGGCAGCAGGCACCUGUGAGAUUGUCACUCUAGACAGAGACAGCAGUCAGCCACGCAGGACGAUUGCCAGACAGACGGCCCGCUGCGCAUGUAAGAAAGGACAGAUUGCUGGGACAACGAGAGCCAGGCCGGCCUGCGUGGAUGCUCGUAUUGUGAAGACCAGGCAGUGGUGUGACAUGGUGCCCUGUCUAGAGGAUGAAGGCUGUGACCUGUUAGUAAACAAAUCAGGCUGGACUUGUACACAGCCCAGUGGCAGAGUGAAAACUACAACGGUGUCCUAACAGUGGGAGGGGUUCCUGGAGCGCUACAAGACGAGGCCUCUUGCAGCUUCGCCCACCUGCUGUAGAUACUUGCUAUGUCUCAUCGGCUUAACACCUGCCUCUGCCUACCUGUCUGUGUCUCGGCUUUGUAAAUGGGCAGCACCCCCUUGUGCCACGGAGAACAUACUGUACGUUCACAAAGCGCCUCACGGAUGGUGGUACAGUAGGAGCCUUGAGGACUUUAAGGGCGCAGCACAGGACAAUGAGGCACCUACCCUGUCUGAGACUGAACCAGACACAGGCUUUAUGGGGCUCCACCAGUGGUUCUGACCUGAUCCGAGACUGUGAACCUAACUGCUCUGUGAAACGGCUUUCUCCUGGAAGAUGUUUUUGGCGCUCAUCUUUUACAGACCAAAGAGGAAAAAUAAUACGCAAAUGAAAAAAAAAAAUGCAUUGAUUAUAUGA